AUGAAUAAUUUUGGAAACGAUCUUAAAAGGGAUAGGAUCCCUGUGACAUUUGAUGUCCAAAAGGAGAAGAGUUUCCCUUUUGUACCAAAGUCUACUAAUAAACUUCCAAUACUCCUGAUAUAUAUGAUAGGUUUCUCUGAAGGACUUUUACAUUUAUCUAAUUUGGCCAUAUACUACAUGUUUAAAGAUGAUUUUGGGCUUUCGCCGGCCCAAAUGACACUCUUGUAUUCUAUUCCUGCUCUCCCGUUCAUAAUACGUCCAACUAUGGCUUACCUAACAGACGCAAUUCCUAUUUUUGGAACCAGAAGGAGACAUUAUUUGAUUUUAAACAGCCUUAUUCAGUCAUUCAGCUUCCUAUUUCUGGCAUUGAUUCCUAACACGAUAAUCUUAUCUACCAUAGCUGUUUUUUGUAUUACCUUUACUCUAGCGUUUUGUAUGACUAUUGCCGAAGCACUAGUUGUUGAAAACAUUAGUGAUGGAACUGAUAACUUAAGUGGAUUUGUUGUAAUAAAGGCAUUUUCUGCUUUAUUAGUUUCAUACUUCUCAGGUUCUAUGCUAGAGAAAUACCCUAAACAAAGGUUAUUUUUAAUAACGAGUUUGUUCCCACUUUUAAUAACGUUUUUUGCAUACUUUAUGAAGGAAGAAAAGGAUUUGAUAAUCUAUGAAUCGCACCCGUUAAAGGAUUUAAUUAAAUUUUUGAAAGAACCGUCAAUACUCCACCCCUGUGUAUUUAUGUUUCUGGUUGUUAUCACACCAGGUUAUGAAGACGCAUUCUUGUACUAUACCAUCGACGUCUUAGGAUAUAGCCCCUCAUUUAUGGGAGUACUGAGACUCAUGUACGGGUUCUCAGUUAUGAUGGGAAUAGGAGUUUACAGGUUCCUAUUCAAGGAUGCAUCCAUUAGGAGUAUUUUCUUCUGGAGUUCCCUAUUUGUAAACACAGUUUACGCUUUCCCAGCUUUAAUCACUUCUGGACUGUCAAAGAAACUUGGAAUACCAGAUAAACCUCUAGUUCUCUGUGGAGGAUUCUUGAUGGAAGCAAUUUUUGAGAUACAGGUGAUGCCAUUCCUAACAUAUACAACAAGAGUUACACCCAAGGGUUUGGAAGCAUCAGUAUUCGCAGCCAUCAUGACCAUCAAAUCAGUUGGCUUGGUACUAUCUAAGGUUAUUACGUCUAUUUGCACAUUUCUCUUCGGAAUAGAUACACACGAAUACGAUCACUUGACUGCAUAUAUACUAUUUUGUACAAAUAACCUGUUCCUCGUGAUGCUAUACCUGUUCUUUGUACCAAAUAAAGAGGAAAUGGAGCUUCUAGUUACAAAACAGAGGAUGCUACAAAGCGCAGAAGAAAACGCUUAA